CUUAACCAGCUACUGGAAAUGGCGCUCUCAGCAGACUCUUCUUGGUACCGGUGGCAAUGUCGAGUCAGGGAUGGCUUCCGUCAGCCGCUGUCAGAAACCACCCCACUGCUCUCUGCAGAGAAGGCAAGGCAGAGCCACAACCUGACACAGCAGCGGGUUGUGUUCCCCAACAACAACAUCUUCCACCAAGACUGGGAGAAGGUCUCCGGGAGAUACUCUGGCAACCGAAUCUGCACAACCAAAUACACCCUCUUUACCUUCCUGCCUCAGAAUCUCUUUGAGCAGUUUCACAGAUGGGCUAACCUCUAUUUCCUGUUCCUGGUGAUUCUGAACUGGAUGCCCUCCAUGGAAGUCUUCCACAAAGAAAUCACCAUGUUACCAUUGGCCAUUGUCCUGUUCAUCAUCAUGGUGAAGGACGGCAUGGAGGACUUUAAGAGACACCGCUUUGAUAGAGAGAUAAACUGCUCCUACAUUCAAAUAUAUGAAAGACAAGAGCAGAGCUAUGUGCAGAAGCACUGGAAGGACGUGCGAGUGGGAGACUUCGUCCAAAUGCGAUGCAAUGAGAUCAUCCCAGCAGACAUACUCCUCCUCUUUUCCUCAGACCCCAAUGGGAUCUGCCACCUGGAAACUGCCAACUUGGAUGGAGAGACAAACCUCAAACAAAGGAGUGUUGUGAAGGGCUUCUCACAGCAGGGAGUACAGUUUGAACCAGAAUGUUUCCAUAAUACCAUCGUGUGUGAGAAACCCAACAAUCACCUCAACAGAUUUAAGGGUUAUAUGGAGCACCCUGAUCAGACCAGGACUGGUUUUGGCAGCGAGAGUCUUCUGCUUCGAGGUUGCACCAUCAGAAACACUGAGAUGGCUGUUGGAAUUGUCAUCUAUGCAGGUCAUGAAACAAAAGCCAUGCUGAACAACAGCGGCCCCAGGUAUAAACGCAGCAAGAUUGAGCGGCGCAUGAACACAGACAUCUUCUUCUGUAUUGGACUCCUUUUCCUCAUGUGCCUCAUUGUAGCUAUAGGCCACAGCCUCUGGAAUGGGACCUUUGAAGAACACCCUCCCUUUGACGUGCCAGAUGCAGAGGGCCGCUUCCUUCCUCCUGCUCUUGGGGGUUUCUACAUGUUUCUCACAGCGAUCAUCCUGCUCCAGGUGCUGAUCCCAAUCUCUCUGUACGUGUCCAUUGAGCUGGUGAAGCUCGGGCAAGUGUUCUUUCUACACAAUGACCUUGACCUGUACGAUGAAGAUACUGAUAUAUCCAUUCAGUGCCGAGCCCUCAACAUCACUGAGGACCUGGGCCAGAUCCAGUACAUCUUCUCUGACAAGACAGGGACUCUGACGGAGAACAAGAUGGUGUUUCGGCGCUGCACCAUCAUGGGCAGCGAGUAUUCUCACCAAGAAAAUGCCAAGCGACUGGAGACCCCAAAGGAGCUAGACUCAGACAGUGAAGAGUGGACCCAAUAUCAAUGCCUGUCCUUCCCCGUCAGAUGGGCCCAUGGUCCAGCAACUCUGAGAGGCCAAGGAGGUUCUCAGUCUUUGAGGAGGUGCCAGAGUGCUCGGGUGCCCAUCCAGGGUCACUCUCGUCAAAGGUCCAUGGGGCGCUGGGAAAGCCCACAGCCUCCUGUGGCCUUUAGCAGCUCCAUAGAAAAAGAUGUGACUCCAGAUAAAAACCUACUAACCAAGGUUCAAAAUGCUGCAUUAUGGCUAGAGACCUUGUCAGACACCAGACCAACCAAGCCUUCUCUCUCCACCACCUCCUCCAUUGCUGACUUCUUUCUUGCCCUGACCAUCUGCAACUCCGUCAUGGUGUCCACCACCACUGAGCCCAGAGAGAGGGUCACCAUUCCACCCUCAACCAAGGCUCUGGGGACCUCCCUAGAGAAGAUCCAGCAGCUCUUCCAGAGGCUGAAGCUAUCAAGCCUCAGCCAGUCAUUCUCAUCCACUGCACCCUCUGACACAGACCUGGGGGAGAGCUUGGGGGCCAAUGUGCCCACCACAGACUCAGAUGAGAAAGAUGAUGUGUCUGUGUGCAGUGGAGGCUACUCCACUGAUGGUGGCUACAGGAGCAGCACGUCGGACCAGGGUGACAUCCUGGGGUCUAGGUCAGGUGCCUCCUUGGAGGAGGUGUUGGAAGCUCCAUCUCUAGGCCUGGCCAAGCCCGAGCUCUGUUAUGAGGCAGAGAGCCCUGACGAGGCAGCGCUGGUGCAUGCUGCCCAUGCCUACAGCUUCACACUGGUGUCCCGGACACCUGAGCAAGUGACUGUGCGCCUGCCCCAGGGUACCUGCCUCACCUUUGACCUCCUCUGCACCCUGGGCUUCGACUCCAUCAGGAAGAGAAUGUCUGUGGUUGUGAGGCACCCACUGACCAGUGAGAUCAUCAUCUACACUAAGGGCGCUGACUCAGUCAUCAUGGACCUACUAGAAGACCCAGCCUGUGUGACUGAUAUUGACAUGGAGAAGAAGCUGAGGAAAAUCCAAGCCCGGACCCAAAAGCAUCUAGACUUGUAUGCAAGAGAUGGCCUGCGUACACUAUGUAUCGCUAAGAAGGUCAUAAGUGAAGAAGACUUCCAGAGAUGGGCCAGUUUCCGGCAUGAAGCCGAGGCAUCCCUCAAUAAUCGAGAUGAGCUUCUAAUGGAGACAGCUCAGCAUCUGGAGAAUCGACUCACCUUACUCGGAGCCACUGGGAUUGAAGAUCGACUGCAGGAAGGAGUUCCAGAUACAAUAGCUGCUCUUCGUGAAGCUGGGAUCCAGCUCUGGGUCUUGACUGGAGAUAAGCAGGAGACAGCGGUCAACAUCGCCUAUUCCUGUGGACUACUGGAUCAGACCGAUACAGUUUACUCCAUUAAUACAGAGAGUCAGGAAACCUGUGAAUCCAUCCUCAACUGUGCACUGGAAGAAAUAAAGCAAUUUCUUGAACCACCAAAGUCAGAUUAUGAGCUGUUUGGUUUUCACCUCUCUUCUGAGACACCAUCCACUACCUCAGGAGCCGGGAUUCCAGAAUUUGGAUUGGUCAUAGAUGGGAAGACACUGAAUGCUAUUUUCCAGGGCAAAUUAGAGAAGAAGUUUCUGGAGUUGACCCAGUACUGCCGGUCUGUCCUGUGCUGCCGCUCCACUCCACUCCAGAAGAGUAUGGUAGUCAAGCUGGUGCGAGACAAGUUGAGCGUCAUGACCCUUUCCAUAGGUGAUGGAGCAAAUGAUGUAAGCAUGAUUCAAGCUGCUGAUAUUGGAAUCGGAAUAUCUGGACAAGAAGGCAUGCAGGCUGUCAUGUCCAGCGACUUUGCCAUCUCCCGCUUUAGGCACCUCAAAAAGCUGCUACUUGUGCAUGGCCACUGGUGCUAUUCGCGGCUGGCCAGGAUGGUGGUGUACUACUUCUACAAGAAUGUGUGCUACGUCAACUUGCUCUUCUGGUAUCAAUUCUUCUGUGGUUUCUCCGGCUCCACCAUGAUCGAUUACUGGCAGAUGAUAUUCUUCAAUCUCUUCUUCACCUCCUUACCUCCUCUCAUCUUUGGAGUCCUCGAUAAAGACAUCUCUGCAGAAACACUCCUGGCAUUGCCAGAGCUCUACAAAAGUGGCCAGAAGUCCGAGUGCUAUAACCUGUCGACUUUCUGGAUUUCCAUGCUGGAUGCGUUUUACCAGAGCCUCGUCUGUUUCUUCCUCCCUUACCUGACCUACAAGGACUCUGAUAUCGAUGUCUUUACCUUUGGGACGCCGAUCAACACUGUCUCUCUUACCACAAUCCUCUUGCACCAGGCAAUGGAAAUGAAGACAUGGACCAUCAUCCACGGGCUUGUCCUCCUAGGCAGCUUCCUGAUGUAUUUUGUGGUGACCCUACUCUACAACGCCACCUGCAUUACCUGCAACAGUCCCACCAACCCCUACUGGGUGAUGGAGAGGCAGCUCUCAGACCCCACUUUCUACCUCGUCUGCUUCCUCACACCAGUUGUGGCUCUUCUCCCAAGGUACUUUUUUCUGUCUCUACAAGGGACCUAUGGAAAGUCUCUGAUUUCAAAAGCUCAGAAAAUUGACAAACUUCCUACUGACAAAAGAAACCUGGAAAUCCAGAGUUGGAGAAACCAGAAGAGGCCUGCCUCUGUCCCUAGAGUAGCUCAGCCUGCCCACAACCCAGUACCACCUGUGCCAGAACAGAGCUGCAGAGCCAGAAUGCCAAAGAGCUCCAGCCCUCCCAUGCAGAAGCAGGUUGAGGAUUGGGUGUCCCAUGAACAGAGAUGUGGCAGGGAGCAUAUGAGGGAUGAUCUAUGCUCAGGGGAUUCCUCAGCAAAACUCUCAACUGCAGAGCACCUUCUGGGGCCUAAUAGGUCAAUGGCUCCUGGACCCUAUUCAAGUGAACAGACUGACAGAUCCCGGCAUUCAAGCAAAGGCAGCCAUCGCCGAUCCCAGAGUUCACUGACCAUAUGAGAGGACUGCAUAAAUCUGCACAAACUCAGAAGAGGCCACCCAAUCACUGGCCCAAGUAACCCAUGACCCUUCCUCUCCCUAGAGGAAAAAAAAUGAAUGUGCCGUCUUCUUAUUCUCUCCCUUUCAGGCUUGACUUCCUUUGAGGAAGUGCUGCCCCCAGGGGAGUUGAUAAAAAAAAGGACUGGAAAACUAGCAGAUCUCUAGUUUUGUCCUGCUGACAGGCAGCACAGCUUGUAAACAAGAGUUUUAAGAGGAGGUCAUGUUUCUGUUACAUUGAGUUCUCAAUUUUUUUAUCAUAAAGAUACUUUCAUGACUUCUAGACAAGCACAGCCUACCAAUUAAUAUAAAAGUCACAUUUCCACGAUUCAACCUAGGCAAUAUCUCAGGUCUAGGAGUCUAUGAACUUGCCAAACCAUCACCUCAUCCCUUGGUGCCAAGAAGUAAUGUUUCAGAAGAGACCUGUGAACACAAGGGCUUUGUUAUCUGAGUAUUUCAGUGAUGGCCCAGGCAAAAUAAACAUCCCUUCUACUCACAGAAAGUUGGAUCUGUUUUUGUCUCUAAGCCAAAGUAUAAAAACAUCUAAAGAUGAAAACUGGAUUUGAACUCAAUGCCAUAGACAUUUGUGAGGGUUUAAUGGUCACAACUAGUGUAAGACACAGGGAGAAUGGGCAAACUUAGGGAACAGGGACACCAGUAACCCCUGCUGUAGCUAACACAUCUUACAUCCCACUGUUGGAGUGUCUGCCAAGAAGACACAGGCAGCAUUCUUUUUUUAAGCUAUUUAUUUUAUUUAUUUUUUAAAUAAAAUUACCAAUCUCAUUCAUCUUCUAAAACAAGAAAACCUUAAGAAGAAAAGAUUUUAUCACAGCUGCACCCAGUAUAGACCCAUUAGUACAGCAAUUCUGAGCCCAACCUCAGAGCACCACCGCCUGGAAGACACUGGCAUGUGUUUCAGUUGUAUUAAGUGGAGUCAGAGAAAGUUUCACUUCAUGGGGAAAAGAGGGAUUACAUAGACUUUUUACCCCUUUAGGUCAUAAAUGCCAAAGCUAUUUUUUAAAGAAAGCCCAAAACAGUAUUCAAAUAAAGGAGUAGAUGAUAGAAUUCUAAUGGGCUGCCAGAGAAGCUAGGUCUACUGUGGUCAUGGACAGCUUAUCUUUAGUCUUUUAAAGUAAAUCAGCAAGGCUUACUGAGCUCUCCCUCCUUAAGCUGAUGCCUACAUAUUAGGGCACAAAGUAUAGGGAUAGAUGCAACAAGCAUUUUAGAGCAAGAGUCCUUGAGCCACUAGCCAAGAGUUGGCCUAUGACUUAAAUAACUCCACAGUGAAUAUUCCAAAGAAAGACUCAACAAUGAAGUUGGCAAGUGGUGAUCUGACCAUCUUCCUAACAAACCUGGACUUCACAGGCCAUUUGGAGCAUCAUCCCAGAGCAAAUGCACUGAAUCUCUCUUACUGUCCCUGCCACAUAAUGAUGCCAGCGCCAGCCAGCUGGUGGGUGUUUAGGAGAAUUCUACAGGAACAUUGCUACAAGAGGGACAGGUAAAGCCACCAGACAAAGCAGUAAUGAUAGAAAUUUUUCCAACUGAGGAGAUCAAGUCCAAGCUUAGAUCUCGGGGGCCUUUUCCCAUAUGAUUGAUACUGAUUACCACUGUUAAAAAGCCAGAAAUCCAAGUAGAGUGUUUUAGAAAAGAACAGAACAGCAGCCUCAGGAGAUCUGUGUUUGAAUCUACUCUGCCUCUGUACUCUCUAGGAUCCACAAGCCUUAAAGCAGAAUGCCACACCUGAAAAUUAGGUUAGAACUGACCUACCUCUCAGACUUGGCAUAAAAAUCAAGUCAAAAUUACAUAAACCCAAUGGUGAAAAACAUUUAAAAGCUGUAACACUCUCAGUAAUAACACAAGGUACUUCUAUUUCAGAGCUAAAGGGAAAAGAGGUAAGAGCUGAUAAUGAAGUUGAAAAACUUUCUGACCCCUCAAUCUAAAUGCCAAACUACAUCCAACAUUCUCAUACUGUUUGUUUUGAUUUUGGUUUGGGUUUUGGUUUCAAUUUUCAUUUCUGACCAGUCCAGUUUGUCUGGGACUUUCUCGUUUUUACAAAGUCCAAAAUCCUGAGGAAUUGGACCAGCCAACUGCUAGGACUGGCCACCUACCUUUGCCCCUCUGUAAACAAACCAACUGUGACCAUCCAAUGUGCCAUUUUAUUGAGGGGGAAAAGUUGUAACAACUAUUUCCUUAUAACAUAAUGCUAAUGAAUGUGCUUAGUACAUUUUAUACUAUUAUGAUCUUUUACGGAUUGACUGGAAAUAUGCCAUACUUUAUUUUCAAAA